AUGUCUCUGUUCUUUGUCCCUGAUUAUUUUCUCUUCAAAAUCAGACACUCCGGACUUCACAAGGACGCGCCAGACAGAACGCUAUUUUCAACAUUUGUUUCAUUUAUUUCUUCAUUUUAUAAUGUUUCUUCUCAGAGGUGUAAGCUCAUUUUUAUCUCUCUCUCUCCCUCUCUCUCUCUCCCACUCUCUCGCUAUCUUUCUCUCGCACUCUCACUUCCUCCCCUCUCUCCCUUUCUGUCUCUCAUUCUCUCUCUCCCGUCUCCCUCUCUUUCUCUCUCUCUAUCGCUCUCUCUUUCUCUCUCCCCUCUCCAUCUAUUCCCUCCUCUCUCUCUAUCUCUCUAUCGCUCUCUCUUUCUCUCUGUCUUUCUCUCUCUCCCCUUUACCCUCAUUCUCUCUCUCUCUCUCUCUCUCACUCUCACACGCACACACACACACACACACACCGCCACCUUUUGUUAUACGAAAAUUGCUGACUCUUUCUCUCUUCAGUCUUUAGGGAUAUCUUUCUGCGAUUGUAUUGUUCCUUAUUUUCUACUUUUUCUUCUUCUUUGUUUUACACCAUCUUUUACACCUUCUCCUCCUCCUCGCAUUUGGAUUCUUUUUUUUUUCUUCCAAUUUUCCGUUACACCUUCAUCAUCAUUAGAAAUUCUUUCUUCUUCUUCUUCUUUUUCUUCUUCUUUCAUCAUUCAAGAGCCUUACCUUCCCAUAUCAUUUUUCUUCUUCAUAUAUAUACCUUCAUAUAAAUCUUAUAAUCCUCUUUCUUCUUAUUCUUCUUCUUCUUUGAUUCCCUAA